AUGGACAAGGUUACGGCGGCCGCCGCGUUGCCAUGGGUGAGUCCCCAUGCCUCAUCUCCUCUCCUAUUAACCCCCGCGGCCCCGCCCCUGCUUUCCUUGCUCGCGCUUCAGGGAGGCGGUUCCCCGGCGUGGAUCGACGUGCCGGAACGGAGCAAGAGUGCGUUCAUGGAGCUGAAGCGGAGGAAGGUCCACCGGUACGUGAUCUUCAAGAUCGACGACAGGACGGAGGAGAUCGUCGUCGAGAAGACCGGUGCGCCCGGGGAGAGCUACGACGACUUCACGGCGUCGCUGCCGGCCGAUGACUGCCGGUACGCCGUCUACGACCUGGAUUUCGUCAGCGACGACAACUGCAGGAAAAGCAAGAUCUUCUUCAUCUCCUGGUCGCCUUCAGAUUCUCGCAUCCGUGCCAAGACCAUAUAUGCCGUGUCAAGGAACCAAUUCCGUCAUGAGCUUGAUGGGGUGCACUUUGAGAUCCAAGCCACUGACCCUGAUGACAUGGAUCUGGAAGUUCUCAGGGGCCGUGCUAACAGAACCUGA